ACCUUUUUCAUUUGUUUUCCCCGCAUUCCCUUCCGCGGUGUCAUUCCCGAUCUGUCCCGUCCGCCCCUACGGACACAUCUUUCUAUUCACAUAUAAGAACAGCCAUAUGUUUGCUAAAAAAUGCGGAAGCAUCAAGGACAGUCAGGAAGCGGAGCGUCUCUUUGCUGCUUCUAGUUCAGCUCACAGAGAACCCCCAGUUUCCGCUUUCUCGCGCAGGUUCUCCCGUGGCGGUUCAAAAGCGAGGAAGCCGUCUCUGACAGAAACGCAGGGUUUUACAGAUCUACAGGAGACAGGAAAGCACAGCCUCGGUUCCGUUUGUGUGCCCCUUGGAGUCGAGAACGCUCUGAUCCGUGCUGCGUCGGGCGCGAAGGCUUUUUCGCAGGGUCGCGCUCGUGCUUUUGCUCAACCUUGGCCGUUCUUUCGCUCUAGCCGCUCAAGCUAAGCGUGUCGUUUUUCGUGCGUUUUCUUCAUCCGUGUUAAUCUGUCCAUUCUUGUGACCGGCGUUCGCGCGCCCUCCCUGCGUUGCUGGUCUUUGCGUCUGGCGUUCGUCUGUGAGUCCUGUCUCUCGUGACUCGCCUUGUCUGUUUCUUGUUUCUUAUCCCAGGAUGGACGACGACGCUGCGUCGCCUGUUUUGGCAGUAAUUACACGCUGGCUCGGCUUUGUUUCCGGAGCACUGACCGUCAUGUUGUGGUGUUUAGUUCUCCCGACGACGAAUGCGUCGAUCACCGUUCCGCGCCACUUUUUAGACGACGUGAACCGCGAAACGUGGCGCAUGCAGCUCUUCUCCUUUUCCCCAGACGUUUUCAUCGACAUGUGGACGCCCUUCGUCAUGGGUUUGGCUUCCGUCCUCUGCCACUUUGAGUCCUUCGACCUCUCCCUGAUAACGGGGAACUUUGCGCGGUUCUUUCUCUGGAACUUUGUCAUGGCUCUCUUUGGCAACCUAGGGUACGCCGGAGGCAUGGGUGUCGUAGUCGGAAGCGUCACGCUCCUCACCACGCUUUUCUCGCUCGUGUGCAUUUUCGUCUGCGACGAAUCCGCCAAGCUCGGCAUUCGCUUCGGAAAGAGAAGCGAGAGCAUGACCUUCUGA